UCGCCUCGCCGCCGCCGCCGCGAUGGGCUCCCUGCUCAGCCGCCGCAUCGCCGGCGUGGAGGACAUCGACAUCCAGGCCAACUCGGCCUACCGCUACCCCCCCAAGUCCGGGAACUAUUUUGCCAGCCAUUUUUUCAUGGGGGGAGAGAAGUUUGACACUCCGCAUCCAGAGGGGUACCUUUUUGGGGAGAACAUGGACCUUAACUUCCUCGGCAACCGGCCAGUCCAGUUCCCUUAUGUAACCCCGGCGCCUCAUGAGCCAGUGAAGACAUUGCGGAGCUUGGUGAAUAUCCGUAAAGACUCCCUUCGCCUGGUCAGGUAUAAAGAGGACACUGACAGCCCCACUGAGGAGAGCGGGAAGCAGAGAGCCUCAUACAGCCUGGAGUUCACCUUUGACGCUGACGCCCGGGUGGCCCUCACCAUCUACUGCCAGGCGACAGAGGAGUUUGUGAGCGGCAUGGCAGUUUACAGCACCAAGAGCCCCUCCCUGCAGUCUGAGACGGUCCACUACAAGCGUGGGGUGAGCCAGCAGUUCUCGCUGCCCUCCUUCAAGAUCGACUUCUCCGACUGGAAGGAGGAUGAGCUGAACUUUGACCUGGACCGCGGCGUGUUCCCUGUUGUCAUCCAGGCCGUGGUGGACGAAGGCGAUGUGGUGGUGGAAGUGACAGGCCAUGCGCACAUCCUCCUGGCUGCCUUUGAAAAGCAUGUCGAUGGCAGUUUCUCUGUGAAGCCCUUGAAGCAGAAGCAGAUCGUGGAUCGGGUCAGCUACCUGCUUCAGGAGAUAUACGGCAUCGAGAACAAGAACAAUCAGGAGACGAAGCCCUGCGACGACGAGAACAGCGACAACAGCAACGAGUGUGUGGUGUGCCUCUCGGACCUGCGGGACACCCUCAUCCUGCCCUGCAGGCACCUCUGCCUCUGCAACUCCUGUGCCGACACCCUGCGCUACCAAGCCAACAACUGCCCCAUCUGCCGCUUGCCCUUCCGGGCCCUGCUGCAGAUCCGAGCGGUGAGGAAGAAGCCGGGGGCUCUGUCCCCCAUCUCCUUCAGCCCAGUCUUGGCCCAGACGCUGGACCACGACGAACACUCGUGUUCGGACAACAUCCCUCCUGGCUACGAGCCCAUCUCCCUGCUGGAGGCCCUGAAUGGCCUACGCUCUGUCUCGCCUUCCCUCCCUUCCGCUCCCCUCUAUGACGAGAUCACCUACACAGGGGUGCUUGACGGGCUCCCCCCACCCGGAAGACCCCUUGUGGGGCUCGACCGAGCCGUGGAGAGCAGUCACCAGAAGAGCAAACGCAGCAAGUCACCAGACAGCGCCCUCCGGUCACCGUCUUCGCCGAUCCACGAAGAAGACGAGGAGAAGCUCUCCGAAGACUCUGACCUGCAGCCGCCGCUGAGUGGGACGGAGCUCAUUCUUUGCGAGAGCAACUCCCCCGAGAGCCUGACAGUGGAAGAAGCGGAGGAGGUGGUCUCGCUACAGCAAGGUAGCCCGCUUCCCUCCGGCGAGGACAUCCUCAACGAGAGCCCUGGGGGGGCCUGCGAGGCGAUCACCCUCCCAAAAGCAGAGAGCGAGGCAUUGCCGGCGGAGGUGUACGUGCCAGGGUCUUCUGACUUUGCGGGCAUCCUCCAGAGCCGCGGGACCAGCGACGCCGGGCCGGCCACCCUCUUCAGCCAUCCCCAUCUCUGUAUGGAAAGCAGGCACAGCCCGGCCUGA